GAAAAAACAAGGCAUUAUUAAAAUCUAGGAUUCGAAAAUGGGUAUUUGUAGUUCGUGCAAUUCAACUCAUGAAGCAACGGCUAAGCUGAUUCUUCUGGACGGAAGUUUACAAGAGUUUCCUUAUGCCGUUAAGGUUUCUUAUGUACUGCAAAGGAACCCCAUGUGUUUCAUCUGCAACUCAGAUGAAAUGGACUUCGACGACGUCGCAUCGGCCAUCGGGGAAGACGAGGAGCUUCAACCCGGUCAACUUUACUUCGCCUUGCCGCUGAGUUGGCUUAAACAUCCUUUACAAGCCCAAGAGAUGGCCGCAUUGGCUGUCAAAGCUAGCUCCGCUUUGAUCAAAGCUGGUGGGGGUAAAAGAUCCGGAUCUAGACAUAAAACUAUUAUUCCUUUUGAUUUUCCCGAUGAGUCUCCUCGUCGGAAAGUUUCCUCCACCGUCGGUGGUAGUGGUGCUGAGAAGAGAGGGAGAGGUAGGAGAGGGAGGAGAAAGUUUAAGGCUAUGUUGAGUGCUAUUCCUGAAUAGGGAAAUAAGGAUGGUAUAUUUGUAAAUAUAAUUAUAUUGAGUUUAUUUUUGUCAAAUCACCGGUGGAAAUAGAGGUGGUUGACCAUC